AUGAAUAAACGUCAGAAUCCAGCGGAAUUCCUGAAGAAAGUCAUUGGAAAGCCGGUCGUCGUGAAACUCAACUCGGGCGUCGACUAUCGUGGAAUUUUGGCUUGUCUCGAUGGAUACAUGAACAUUGCGCUGGAACAAACCGAAGAGUACAGCAACGGGCAGUUGCAGAACAAGUACGGCGACGCGUUCAUUCGUGGAAACAACGUCCUCUACAUCUCCACUUCGACGAAGUAA